AUGACUCGUCCACGCGUUUUCUUCGAAAUUUCAAUCAAUAAUCAGUCAGCUGGUCGAAUCACAAUGGAGUUAUUCUCGGAUAUUUUUUCACUUACUGCCGAAAACUUUCGCGCUCUUUGCACCGGCGAAAAAGGCGGAACUCUUCACUACAAAGGUUCCAAAUUUCAUCGCGUAAUUCCGGAUUUCAUGUGUCAGGGUGGAACUCUUCAAGGCGGAACUCAAUCGAUUUAUGGAGAACGCUUCAAGGAUGAGAAUUUCCAAGAGAAACACACUGGACCUGGAAUCCUUUCAAUGGUAAGUAUUGAUUUUUACAAUAGCUGAAAUUUAAAUAAAGUUCUAUUUAUCUGAUUACAGGCAAAUCGUGGUCCAGACACCAAUUCAUCGCAAUUCUUCCUUUGCACAACAAAAACUGAUUGGCUCGAUGGAAAACAUGUUGUUUUCGGAAAAGUCAUCGAUGGAAUGAAUGUUGUCAAAGCAAUUGAAGCGCAAGGAACCGAUUCAGGAACUCCAAAGGCGGAAUGUAUUAUCACAAAUUGCGGAGAACUAUAA